CGCAGUUCAAAUGCGCGACUAGCAGAAGGUGGUUCAGAAGUUUGCGUAGCUGCUCCGGUACCAAAAUUAUCUUGAGAUGAAAUCAAAUACGCUAUGGCACUUACUAAAUACAUUCUUCCUUUAAUAUUUGGUAUGUCUUUUGCUUCACAAUUGGAUAUAGAAGAGUGGAACGAGAUGGCUAGGAAAGAAAUUAUACCACACCCCAAAAAAUGUGGCAGAGUCGGUGUAUCAGAUCGUAUAUUUGGUGGGACUGACACGCAUAUAGAUGAAUAUCCCUGGACAGCCUUACUGUUAUACUCUAAUAAAAAGACCCAAGAUUUUGGCGCAGGCUGCAUGGGUUCACUCAUUUCUAAACAAUAUGUGCUCACCAUAGCACAAUGCGUCGAUGAAAGUUUUGCACCUAAGGAAGGUGUUAAUUUUAUUGGUGUACGUUUCGGAGAAUGGGACAUUUCAUACAAACGAGACUGUGAAAAAUUUAGUAGCAGAAAAUCCGUUUGCGCUCCCAUGUAUAUGGAUAUAGUAGUAGAUGUGAUAAUCACACAUCCAGGAUAUAACAAAAAGACACUACAAAACGAUAUAGCGUUACUACGUUUGAUAAGAAAAGUUGAAUUUACCGAUUUCAUUAGUCCUAUAUGUUUGCCGUACCAUGAGGAUCAGGGAUAUAUCGGUGCGCCGAACAGCACUGCGGAAAUCACUGGCUGGGGUGAAACUCUGACAAGAGAUGAGAGUCAAAUAAAACAGAAAGCAACUGUAAAAAUAUUUGAACUUAAUGCUUGUAGGAAUAGAAUUAAUCGCGGUGUAUCGGGUCUGCACUACAGUUACUCGCCGGACUUGCAAAUAUGUGCUAUGGACGAUAUCAAAGUCGCAUGCAAACUAGAUGGAGGUGGGCCGCUCAUGGUUCAACAUUCGAAAGAGAAUAAACCGGCAUAUUAUUUGAUUGGGUUAUUCUCCAGUAUGGAUAUUACAUGCGAUGAGAAGAAUCUUCCAGGUAUAUAUACACGCGUCCAGGCUUAUCUGCCAUGGAUAAAAGAUAACAUUCACUUGUAAUGUAUGAAUGUA